AUGGCUUUGAUCUUUUGCGAUGCAUUUGGUUUGUACUCACAGUACUUGGUAUCGCAGUCUGGAGAGGCCCUCCUCCCUCCAGCCAUGUCCGAAGAGGUCGAUGUAAUGACCACAGAAACGGAGACGACGAGUCCGGCCGGCGAGGAAGUGCGAAAGCCUGCUGAGUGCAAGGCCGGAGAGGCCUUCAAAGAGAAGCUCCAAGGGCUUCGGGAGAGGGGAGAGCUGCCCGAGUCUUUGACCUCGCCCUGGCCGAAUAACGUGCCUGAAGCGAUGCUCAAACUCAUCUCACAUGGCGUGAAGCGGAAGGUUGCAGCAUCUAUUGCAGUACAUCCGCCAAAGUAUUACGCCAUGAUCAUGUUUUUGGCCGAGUGGUUGCGGUGCCCAGCAGCCUUCGAGGCGCUGAACGUCUAUGUGGUGUUCCAGUUUCAGAAGGAUUUAGACCUAUUCCGCGAAGCCCUGGAUUGUACAAUCCCUGGGACUCCAGAGUUAUGGGUGCCCGUCGUGGCCGACGAGCCGAAGAAUGGAUGGCCGAAGGCGUAUUCCUUGGGCAAUCAGUACAUUGCUGCGUACAAGAAGUACUUUGGCUUGGCCGCGAUGAUGGAUUUGGGGCAAGAGGAGUAUGGUUUGAUGAUGGACUCAGAGAUUGGCAUUUUCGAUCUCCAUGCAGAGGGCUCCUCUGGGGAAGCCUGCCAGCACGAUGGCGAGUGGACCAGGCUCGUGUCUCGCAUCAAAGCCUUCGAAGAACGAAAGGCGUGGCCUGGGUCAAGGGUCUCUUCCACUUUGACCACCUACAACUUCGGAAGUUUUACGAAGUCCGGCAGGGACUAUGAUUUGCACCUCCUGAGGGAAAAUGCCCGCUACUUGCUGGAGAAGGGAAAGUGUCCACAAGGAGUUCCCUGCCAGAAGGUGGAAGCCAUGGUGAAUCAUGUCGUUUGGACUUGGUGGACUGAGUUGCCCUUGGUGCACCUCGAGGUGGGAAAGAGGAUGCUGCUCUACUUGGCCAAACAGACCAACUCAAAGAUCAGUUGGAGGAGUGUGGCUCGGCAUGUCUUCUUCCCUCGAUUCGAGCACGUACUCUACCAGUCCACCAUGAUCCCCCAUUUUGCUGCUCUGAGGAUGUGGUGUGUAUUGCAUGAGGGUUGGGACAUACGUGAUGUCACGAACAUCACUCUUGAAGCCAAGUGGGGCUCAUACUUGGAGGAUCCACAGCACACGUCGCGUUUGGCGGAGCUACGACCCAUGUGGGUGUCCAGCGAGGCAUUGAGAAGAGCUGAAAAUGGGCAGAUCAUGGCUUUGUCCACCGAGGAGCCUCCACUGUUCAUUUUUCACGUGGACAAGGAGGACUUGAGGUACUCCUUCGGAGGCAAGAAGUACAAAGAACUCUGGGAAGAUCUCUUGCUGAAUCUCCUGAAGGUGGACGACAGGACAGACUACGCGGAAGAGAACAUCCAUUGA